AUGGCAGAUUCCAAAGCUACUAUAGCUUCAAGACGAGGAAACCAGCCGGAAUCGAGGGGCUGGCUCGACACCCCUGUUUCAGCUGAGAAACCACAGGAGGAACAAGACUCACCGGCACCUCUAUCAAAUAUUCCUACACUGGUACCCGGGGGUGGCGAUGCAGAAGAAGAAUCCAACAGGGACAAAACCAAUAAGAGAACGAAUAUGAAGCUGUUCUUGCGGGCAGGCCAGCAAACCGCCUGGAGAAUCCUAGCUCACAGCUGUGUCAAUUUCCUCUUGGUGUUCGUCCCAGUUGGCAUCAUCGUUAGAUUCGUGCCAGAUAUCCACGGUGGAGUGAUCUUUGCGACCAACUGCGUGGCCAUCAUACCGCUCGCUGGGCUCAUGGCCUUUGCGACUGAAUCGGUGGCUCGUGAGGUCGGCGAUGCGCUUGGGGCGCUGAUGAAUGUCACGUUGGGGAAUUCGGUUGAGCUCAUUAUAUUUUAUCAGAACAAGAUUCGUAUUGUCCAAGCCUCCAUUCUCGGCUCUAUCCUCGCCAAUGUUCUGCUUAUCCUAGGCAUGGCGUUUUUCCUUGGUGGCAUGAGAUACAGAGAACAGCUGUAUAACAACACCGUGACCCAAAUGAGUGCGUGUCUGCUCAGUUUGAGUGUCAUCAGCCUGGUUCUUCCAACAGCAUUCCACGCGGCUUUUCGAAACACACAUGUCGCUGACGCACUAUCGCUGAGAAUCAGCCGCGGCACGAGUGUGAUUCUACUCGUCGUCUAUAUCAUCUUCCUGGUAUUCCAGCUCAAAUCCCACGCCUACCUUUACAAGUCGACGCCACGGCACAUUGUAGAUGCCGAGGCAUUGCCUGGGCCUGCCGCCGCGUGGCUGGAAGUCGGGCACUCUGGUGGCAGCUCAGACUCGAGGUAUGAUUCUGGCGGGUCGGAUCAUUCCCUAGACUCUAUUCGCGCCAAGGUCGGUAGGGGUAUCCGCGACAUGGCAGCCAAGCGAGCCAGCACGAGAAGGAAGGCUGCCUUGGCAAAGUCAAAUGGGCCUCUUGGAAGUGAUGUUCAGGAUUUUGGGGUGGGUUCCUCGUCCAGAAAACCCCAUUCACUUACCCACAUGGACUCUAUGGAGACGUGUGUGGAUGGAAGGGAUGGGGCAAAGGAGACGGCAAAGUUGGAGAAAGUUCGUCCGUCAGCAAGUUCCCGUGAUGAUAAGGGAAAGAAGAAAGUCGAAAAUAACAUAGACUCGGUUUUGAUGAAUGAGGGUGGAUUUUCUUGGGAAAACAGCACGCAUACCGGGAAUGACAACGACAAGGCAGGACAAAAUGCUGAUGCAACCCGGCCAGAGGAGCCAUAUUCAACCAACAAGCAAGAUGGAGAGAACCAGGAAAGCUACGAUGCAAACCUUUCUCCUCCGAUGGCGAAAAGAGCACUGAGGAGUCUGCGUGGUUCGGUUUCUCAAAUCACACCGGUCUUGUUCCCCCCUGAGUCGUCGACUGGGGAACCAACUAAGAUCCAAGCCGGUGGUGGUAGGAAAACGCGGGCAGUCUCUCUCCCUGCUCUACUAAUAAACAGGAAUAAGAAUCCAGACUAUGGUCCUCACGCUCCAAGAAGAACAGAAGUGACAAUCGAUGGUAGUGUCGAUGACGAGGAAGACACGGUUGAAGAACAGAAAGCAGGCGAAGUGGACGAGGAGGACUAUCUUACCCGAACACCCGCCAUCGUCCUUCUUCUCGUGUCCACGGGGCUCGUAGCUCUGUGUGCCGAAUUCCUCCUCGGCUCGAUCGAGGAGGUGACCCAGUCUUCUCCCCUCAGCGAGGUCUUCAUCGGGCUCAUCGUGCUUCCCAUCGUCGGCAAUGCGGCGGAGCACAUCACGUCCAUCACGGUGGCCAUGAAGAACAAGAUGGACCUGGCGAUCGGGGUCACGGUGGGCAGUUCCAUCCAAAUUGCGCUCUGCAUCACGCCUCUGGUGGUCAUGCUGGGGUGGGCACUGGGCAAGGACAUGUCACUGUACUUUACGCUGUUCGAGACGGUGUGCCUGUUUGUGUCUACGUUCAUGACCAACUUCCUGGUGCUGGAUGGGCGCAGCAACUACAUGGAGGGGGCCUUGCUCUGCACCGUGUAUGUGCUCAUUGCGCUGGUUGCUUUCUUCUAUCCAGAGGCUCCCGCUGCCAAUGAUUGGGGAGGAGGAGGAGGAGGAACAGAAGCGAUGGGUGUCCACUGA